AAGUUUCAGGACCUGUGUUGAAGAUGACUGGAAUAAUUAUUCCAGAAAUAUAUACUCGAGAAAGUAAUACUGACCAUAAUGGGCGAAGGGUACCAAUUUCUCCCACGAAAAAAUUUAGUUAUGGCACAGCCGGCUUUCGAGCUAAUGCUACCUAUCUGCCUUUUGUUGUAUUUCGUGUUGGAUAUCUGGCUGGUAUCCGUGCGAGGUAUUUAGAUCAAACUAUAGGUGUAAUGAUAACGGCAUCACACAAUCCGAUGGAAGAUAAUGGAGUCAAAAUAAUUGACCCGAUGGGAGGCAUGUUGGACGCUACAUGGGAGAACUAUGCAAAUUUGAUUGUUAAUGCCAGCGACAGUGAAUUUCUGAAAAAGUUACAAGAAUUUCGACGACAGUUCAGUGGAAGAAUUGGUGGAAAUGCCAGUGUUUUUACAGCCAUUGAUACACGUCCAAGUUCGAAAUAUAUAGAAGAAGCCGCGUUCUAUGGAGUGCAAUGUGCCAGAGUUGGUGGUCGAAGACUGGGUCUACUAACAACUCCUCAGUUGCACUAUAUAGUACGCUGCCAGAAUGAUUCUGCAUAUGGUGCCCCUACUGAGGUCGGAUAUUAUGAAAAAGUGCACAAUGCUCUUGCUGGUUUGAAUUUGGUUACACGAUGUGGAAAAGCAUAUAACCCAACACUAUAUUUGGAUUGUGCAAAUGGUGUUGGUGCUCAAAAGUUUCCCUUUAUGUGCAGGAGGUGGUCGAUUCUGGUUGUCAAUUUAAUGAAUGGUCAAGAAGCACACCUCAAUGAUCAGUGUGGAGCAGACUAUGUUAAAAUAGAAAAGAAAUUUCCACGCAAUUUCGACAAAAUACAAGCUUUUGAACGCUGUGCCGCUUUUGAUGGUGAUGCCGAUCGUCUUGUUUAUUUCUAUCGCGAUACUUCGAAUGAUUUUGUUUUAAUUGAUGGUGAUAAAAUAGCAGCUCUUUUCGCGAAGUAUAUUACAGAGCAGGUUAGUGGUGCGGGACUCAGUGAUGUGUUUACCGUAUCAGUAAUACAAACAGGUUAUGCAAAUGGUAACUCCACCAAAUUCCUAAGAGACGAAAUGGGUGUUCAUGUAUGUUGUGUUGCAACAGGCAUUAAAAACCUGCAGAGAGAGGCGACAAAGUAUGACAUUGCGGUAUAUUUCGAAUCAAAUGGACAUGGAACUGUAUAUUUUAGCCCUCGAUUCUAUGAUAUUAUAAGGACAAUAAUCACUCACAAGGAUGAAAGUGACCAAACAAUUCAAAUCAAGAGGCUACUUUAUUUCUCCAAAUUGCUGAAUACAGUUAUGGGUGAUGCGAUGACGGAUUUGUUCGCCGUUGAAAUGCUUUUAAAACAUUAUGACUGGACGGUAGAAAACUGGAAUAAUAUAUAUAAGGAAUUACCAAAUGUGCAAAGAAAACUAAAAGUGAUUUUUUCCCCGAAAAAAAACCACAUAUCUCCCUUCUAUUUCUGUAUCAUCCACUCUAAAUUUUUUAGUUGCUUUACUGCCGGAAAUAUAAACUAACCUGAAAUAUGGUACCGAAGUAGAGCCAAAUGACAUAGAUAUUCUGUCUUUCAUGAGGAUGACAAAUAGGUUGGAAAUCGAACGGCAUUUCAAAUGAGUGCUGAUGAAACAACGUGUGUGGAACCGCGAAAACUGCAAGAAAUGAUAGAUACCAUUGUUUCGAAGUACGAUGAUGGGCGCGCAUUUGUCCGACCAUCCGGUACCGAAGACGUGCUGCGUAUUUAUGCUGAAGGAGCGACAGAACACGAGGCGGCGGCAAUUGCCAAUGAAGUAGAGGUUGCAGUCUGUAACGUACUGCACAUAAGUGGUGGUAAUGCAUCUGAACAGCAAUUAACCGAGGGACAUAUUAGCGAAGUGACUUCAUCGAUCGCAUAUGAACUGUAAAUGUAUUUAAUGGCAUUGUGUGACUCAUCUCUUCUCAUAUUGGCUUUCAUGCUUUUGUCAAGGAACGCGAGAAUAGUGGAUCAUUUAUUCCUAUCCUGUAAAAAGCUGUGGCACAUCAUUUGAUAAAAAUAGUUACCUCUGGGA